AUGACAACGAAGUUAAGACCAACCAUAAAAAGAUUUAAUUCAUUACUGAAUGGAUAUUUAAAAAAUAAUUCAAUUGAAGACGUAGAAGAAAUAUUUAAAUGUAUGAAACAUUUGGAUAUUAAUCCAAAUAUAACAAUAUAUAAUACAAUAUUAAACAAUCUAUCGUUAAAAAAUGAUAUUGAAGAUAAAGCAUUAGAUUUGUUUAUUUCAUUGGUUAGACAAAAGAAAGAUAUUAAUCAAAUAUUUAAUAGAACAUCAGCAUUUAAAAUAUUUAAUAUAAAACAACAAAAUGAAAUUUACAAUCAAGUAUUUAAGGAAGAAAUUGAUAAUAAUAUUAUUAUUAAUAGCAGCAGCAGUAGUGAUAGCAAUAUUAAUAAAUAUAAUAUAAACAUAGUACCAAAUAUAAGAUUUUUAACCAUUCUAUUACAAUUUAAAUUAAAACAAUCCAAAGAUUUCAAUUCAUCAUAUAAAAUAUAUCUAGAUUUUUUAAAGAAAAUAGAAACCAAUCAACAAAAAGAAGUUACAAUAGUAAAAGUCAAAUUAAAAAAUAAUAAUAAAAUAGUAAAACUAAUACCAGAUGCACAUAUAUUCACAAUAUUUAUUACAGAAUUUGCAUAUAGAUAUGAAAACAUGCCCAUGGCAAUAAAAGUAUAUGAAACAAUGUUAAAAUAUAAUAUUUCGCCAAAUGUUGUAACAUUCACAAUAUUAAUUGAAGGAUUUGGUAUGUCAGGCGAGCUAGAAAAGGCCUUAGAAUAUUUUAAUAUAAUGACAAAUAAAUAUAACAUUAAACCAAAUGUUAAAACUUAUACAAGUUUAAUCAAAGCAUUAGUUAAAACAAAAAAUUUAGAAAAAGCUGAGCAAGUUUGGUAUCAGAUGAUUAAAGAAGGAAUUAAACCUGAAAGAGCAACUUAUAAAGUGUUAAAACAUAUCAAUGAUGAUAAUUAUCUUUUUCCAAGAACUCCUCAGAAAAUUAAAGAUGCAAUAUAUCGUUUAGAUUUAAUUAAAAAUAUUCAUAAUGUUGAUACUGUAUAUGAAUUAUAUAAAAAUUUCAUAAAAUUAAAUUUUAAAAAUAAAUACAAUAACACCAAUGACAAUUCAGCAUUAGCACAUAAAGACAUUGAUUCAAAAACUGAUGUUUGUUCAUUCACCAUGUUUAUAUCAAUAUUUUCAUUAAGAUUUGGUGAUAUGCAAAAAUCAUUAGAAAUAUUUCAGGCGAUGUUAAAAUACAAAAUCAAACCAAAUACUAUAACAUUCACAAAAUUAAUAGAGGGUUUUGCUAAUUUGGGUAAAUUAGAAAAUUCUUUAAAAAUCUUUAACUUAAUGAAAUCAUGUAAUGUAAAGCCAAAUAUACAUACUUACGCAUCUUUAAUUAAAGGCUAUAUUAGUAUUAGAGAAAAUGAAAAAGCAAAAAAAAUUUAUGAUGAAAUGUUAGAAAAUGGAAAACCUGCAAAAAAAAUAAUUCUUUGA